GCUGCUUCCAAAUCUUUCGUUGGCGUAAACAGCCGUUAAGUACAAGACCAAUCUGACUUCUGCUUUCAUAGGAAUUGCCUUCCACCGUAAGAACACUGUCGUAGCAACAAGACCGUCGACUCAAAGCGGCUCACCUGCUGUCAACAUGUCCGACGACGAACAGCUAGAACCUCUUUCACCGACACUUCAGAAUGUGCUGGACCAGCAGAGCUUGCGCUGGAUGUUUGUUGGCGGUAAAGGUGGUGUUGGAAAGACGACCACGAGCUGUUCUCUGGCUACCCAACUAGCAAAAGUGAGGGAAUCGGUUCUCCUCAUAUCGACGGACCCGGCACACAAUCUAUCCGACGCGUUUGGACAGAAAUUCUCAAAAACGCCGACUCUCGUGAAUGGAUACGACAAUCUCUACGCCAUGGAAAUUGACCCUACGGGAAGCAUUCAGGAAAUGAUUGAAAAUGCUCAAGAAUCAGGAGUACAAUCGCAUCUGCAGGAUAUGGCGUUCGCGAUACCCGGCGUUGAUGAAGCCAUGAGUUUUGCUGAAGUCAUGAAACUGGUGAAGUCAAUGGAUUACUCUUGCAUUGUUUUUGACACAGCCCCAACUGGCCACACCCUCCGUUUCCUGUCAUUCCCCACGGUGUUGGAGAAAGCUCUUGGGAAGCUCUCCCAGUUUGGAGGCAGAUUUGGUCCCAUGUUUCAGCAGAUGAGCGGAAUGAUGGGAAUGUCGCCCAAUCAGGAGGAUAUAUUUCAAAAGCUGGAAGGUAUGCGGACGGUAAUUCAAGAGGUCAAUGCGCAAUUUCAAGAUCCUGAGAAGACAACAUUCAUCUGUGUUUGCAUCUCUGAAUUCUUGUCACUCUACGAAACGGAGCGCAUGAUUCAGGAGUUAACGUCGUUCCAUAUUGAUACGCACAAUAUUGUUGUCAAUCAGCUUUUGCAUCCUCCAAAGGGGUCCACAUGCGAACAUUGCUCUGUGCGGUCAAAAAUGCAAGCCAAAUAUCUGGAACAAAUACACGAGUUGUACGAAGAUUUUCAUAUUGUAGAAAUGCCCUUGCUUACCAAGGAGAUACGAGGGGUAGACAGCAUCAAAGAAUUUUCUGAGCUGCUGGUUCAUCCUUACCAGCCAUCUGAAUAAAUAACUGUCAGCAACGGUGGCGAUCGCCACGAAGAUCACAGGCUUCUCCCAUCCAGGCCAUCCAAAUAUAACCUCUAAAUAGGACAUUUAUUGAUCAUAAUACUUCUGCUUCAAAUGCCU